GCCGCUGGGCUGGAAAGAGCGGCUGAAGGCUGGGUUGGCGAACUCUGGGUCCACGCUGUGGUUCCUGGCGGGGCUGGGGCUGCUUUACGCUCUGAGGGUCCCGCUGAGGCUGUGUGACAACGUGACAGCGGGUGAGAGGCCCAAACCUCCUGGACAGCCGGGGACAAGCGCCAAAGAUCAGAGAUUCUCGGGGAGUCAUGGAGGGCUUUGCAGAAGGGAAAUUGGUGUUGCAUGCUCCAGUGGGUUUAUUUUGUUUUCUCUUGGGCCACAACAACCGGGCAGCUGAUUGUUAAACCUGUGCUGCAGUUUAUCGGCCCCUCCCUAGAGCCUCGAAGGUUCGCCCUCUCUGUUCUGUCUACGUUACCACGGAAAAGCUACCUGACACGCUGCAAGCUUCAGGUGGUAAGACAGAAGGAGAGCAUUCCCAGAUAUGCACACACAAUUUAUAUUCGUUCUUAUCGUUUGCAAAGCCCCAUGAAAAAUUCUACGUUUGAGUCUCCAGCUGCCUAACUUAAAGAACCCACACCUAGAAAACCAAGACAAGCACAUGUCAUACAAGAUAGAAAAUGCUAUUACUUUAAUGGACCAUACUUAUAUUGUAAGACAGUUCAAUUAAAAAAACGUUUUUUGUAAUCUUUUUAUCCUUUAGACUUUAUCACGAGUCAUAAGAUAGUACAGGAAAGGGGGAGGAGAGAGAAGCACAGACAACGUGACAGGGUUUUUAAGUUCCCUGACACCCAAGUUCUAUGUGGCACUUACAGGGACAUCUUCUUUGAUAUCUGGACUAAUAUUUAUAUUUGAAUGGUGGUAUUUCCAUAAGCAUGGUACAUCUUUUAUUGAACAAGUGUCUAUAAGCCAUUUACGGCCACUGAUGGGAGGAACAGAGAGUAGCAUUUCAGAGCCGGGCUCUCCUGCCAACAGCAGAGAAAGUGAAACCCUCAGACACCACCAUCUAUCAGAAUGCAAGGUCUGGAGAAACCCUUUAAACCUCUUUAGAGGAGCAGAAUAUAGAAGAUACACUUGGGUGACUGGUAAAGAGCCACUUACUUACUAUGACAUGAACUUGUCUGCCCAAGAUCACCAGACGUUUUUCACCUGUGAAACAGACUUUUUACGUCCUUCAGACACAGUUAUGCAGAAGGCAUGGAGGGAAAGAAAUCCUCCAGCUCGAAUCAAAGCAGCCUAUCAAGCUUUAGAGUUAAACAAUGACUGCGCCACUGCCUAUGUUCUACUGGCCGAAGAAGAAGCAACAACCAUUGUAGAUGCUGAAAAGUUAUUUAAACAGGCGCUCAGGGCGGGAGAGAUAAUUUACAGACGGUCGCAGCAGUGCCAGCACCAGAGUCCCCAGCAUGAAGCUCAACUGAGGCGAGAUACCAAUGUACUUGUGUAUAUUAAAAGAAGAUUGGCAAUGUGUGCGAGAAAAUUGGGAAGAAUAAGAGAAGCAGUGAAAAUAAUGAGAGAUUUGAUGAAAGAAUUUCCUCCUCUUACCAUGUUGAAUAUCCAUGAAAAUCUUUUAGAAUCACUUCUAGAAUUACAGGCCUAUGCAGAUGUUCAGGCAGUCCUGGCAAAAUAUGAUGAUAUAAGCCUUCCAAAGUCAGCAGCCAUCUGCUACACAGCAGCUCUACUGAAAACAAGAACCGUCUCAGAUAAAUUCUCUCCAGAAACAGCCUUCAGAAAAGGGUUAAGCACAGCAGAAAUUAAUGCUGUGGAAGCAAUUCAUAGAGCUGUGGAAUUUAAUCCUCAUGUUCCAAAAUACUUACUAGAGAUGAAAAGUUUAAUCUUACCUCCAGAACACAUUCUGAAGCGCGGAGAUAGCGAAGCAAUUGCCUAUGCUUUCUUUCAUCUGCAGCACUGGAAACGAAUAGAAGGUGCUCUCAAUCUCUUGCAGUGUACAUGGGAAGGCACUUUUAGAAUGAUUCCAUACCCAUUAGAGAAAGGACAUCUGUUUUACCCUUACCCCAGCUGCACGGAGACCGCCGACAGAGAGCUGCUGCCCACUUUCCAUCAUGUUUCUGUUUAUCCCAAGAAGGAGCUUCCUUUUUUCAUCCACUUUACAGCAGGACUCUGUUCUUCUACAGCAAUGAUAGCGUUUCUCACACACCAGUUUCCUGAAGUCAUGGGUGUUUUUGCUAAAGCUGUGAGUAUGAUCUCAAGGACUUGUGUGGAAUAUUUAUAAAGCACCGCAGGAAGGCGUCUCUGAUUUGUCAGUGCUAACCCACAAGAGCAGUGAAAGACACUUGUAAACGGCAAGAACUGAUUGUAAAGCUUCUACCAUGAAUAUGUCAAACAUAAGUUCUGGUGAUGUGAACUUCUGUUGCUUAAAAGUUUAAGAGUUCAAUGCUAUAACAUUAUAAAGUUGGCCUUUGUGAUUACUUUUGGUGAUUAAUACAACAUUCCUUACCAACUAAAGAAUGAUACGAUUUUUCUUUAUCAUUAGUGUAUUUUCUUUGGUAUUUAAAAACUACUAAUUUUG